UAUAUAAAAAUAAAAUAUUUACAUAUUUAUAUUUGAUAAUUUGAUUUUUAUUGUGCCGAUUAAGCAAAAUAUAUUUUUAUCAGUUAGUUAAAGGAUUUUUUUAGUGCAUAAAGCAUAAUAAAUCAUGGCGAUAUGUGAAUCGAUUAUGGCAUGGCUAGGAAUAAUAAAAAAAACGGAUGAAGCAACGCAACAUCUCACACUGGAAGAAGUGGUGUUGGCUGAUAGAAUGGAAAACAUUAAAAAGCAGCUUAGGCGAUGCUUAAAGGUAAAGGAUCUCAAUAAAUUACAGAAUUGUGUUGAAGUUUUCUACAAAGAAAUCUCUGACAACUCCAGUAGUUGGGUAGAGAGUUUUGGAGUGGAAGGCAUUGACUUGAUCUACAGUGUCAUCGAGCAAGCCAACAAAGCAAAUGAUACGAAGCUACAACAAGAAAGUCUUAAAUGCUUAAAAGAGAUAAUGAACAGCCAGUGGGGUUUAGAAACAGUUCUGGAAUUCAACAAAAAUUCUGCUAAAAAAGACUUAAACAACAAAGGUUUGAACUUGGUCGUCAGGUGUUUGGCUAAGGGUACUCCGGAACUUAUGAUACGAGCACUACAAAUUUUAGCCCCGGCUUGUCUCGUGAACCACGAAAAAGUUUUACAUGAAAUAACCAAUGUAGCCCACGAACUGAAAUUCAAUAGAUUCGUGCCAAUAAUCAAUGCCUUGAAAUUGGACAAUGUAGAUUUACAAAGUCUUUGUCUCCAACUCAUCAAUGCUUUGUUGAAGGGGAUCAAAGAUUUAGAAUCCAGGAUUGAACUAAGAACUGAAAUUCUUAGGCAAGGACUCUCCGACAAAUUGAAUGAGUACGAAAAUGAAAGGAACCCAAAAAUUGUGAUCCAGUAUAAUGUCUUCCAAAAGGAAAGUGAAUACGACAAUGAGGAACUGAAGGUGUAUUUGACAUCCACCUUAUGA